UCUCAAUCACUGCUAUAAAAGGAUUGCAAUCACUGCUUCUCGUUUUCGAAGAAAAGGAAGUCAAGAUAAGAAUCCAAAAGAGAGAGAGAGAGAGAGAGAGAGAGAGACGGUGAUGGAGUCGCCGCCCGUCAACGACGUUUGCUCGGUGUGCCAUGACGACUUCAAUCUCCCCUGCCAGGCCAACUGCUCCCACUGGUUCUGCGGUCAUUGCAUUCUGCGUGUUUGGCAUCAUGCAUCGGCCCUGCAGCCAUGCAAGUGUCCAAUAUGUCGUCGUGUGAUUACUUUGUUGAUACCUUCUGAGACUGCGCAACAUCAACGCCAUGAUCCAGAAGCUAGCCGUGUUCUAAUGCAAAUAGAGAAUUACAACCGUAUUUUUGGAGGAGGUUCGCGGAGCUUUGUUCAGAGGCUGCGAGACGUCCCAUUUUUCCUUCGAAGGUUGAUGAGAGAACUGAUGGAUCCUCAUAGAUCUCUGCCCCUUGUUUUUAAGGCGCGGAUGAUUUUUGCGAUUGUACUGAGCACAAUCUAUGUACUGAGUCCAGUAGACAUUGUUCCUGAAGCGGUGUUCGGGUUCAUUGGUUUGCUUGAUGAUUUUCUUAUACUGCUGAUUGUUUUCCUCCAUGUUGCUGCUAUAUAUCGGUCAGUGCUACUUUACCGACACGGCGGGUCUUGAUUCAUAUCUCAAACUCCACCCACCCUAAUGCAAAUAAACAUCAUACAUUGGUGAUUGACCAUAUUAGUUCCAUACUGAGACAAGAUGAAGAGGGAUGCUUGUUUAGGGAUUAUAGUACCUACCUAUCAUUUGAGUUCUUAGAACCAUAUACUUAGCCCUAUAACUAUGUUUUGUAUUGUUAGUGAUGUUCAAAAACGAUUCCCAGCAUUAGUGUUCAUUGCAAUUGAACAAAAGAUAUUACUUUUACAAACUAUCAGAUAAAAUACAGCAGGUAUGACAAGGCCAGAAGAUGGUCCUUAUCGAUCACUAUUCCAUAAAAUACAG